CGGAUUUCCUUCUUUAAACUUGAUGAUGGUCACACCGAAAGUAAAGACUACGUCGGAGUCUCUCCUCUUGCUUGCAUUCACCCACUCUCUUCCUAAUUCGUCCUUCACUUAGCUCAGUUAUAUUGACAAACCCUUUCACUGCUUUCCUUCUUCUCUUUUCAGAUCUUCUCAUUCAUCUGCUCAUAAAUCCCGAUGGCCUCAUCUUCCUCUUUCACCCCCCAAUCCAAGAAUUUUGAUGUCUUUUUGAGUUUCAGAGGUGAAGAUACCCGCCGUGGUUUUAUAAGCCAUUUAUAUCACGCUUUGUGUCAACGAGGGAUUCACACCUUCAUCGAUGAUGAUCUCCCAAGGGGAGAAGAAAUUUCUGUGGAGCUUCUCAAAACCAUUGAGAACUCAGCCACAUCAAUAAUUGUAUUUUCUGAAAACUAUGCAUCCUCCACUUGGUGUUUGGAUGAGCUUGCUAAAAUUGUUGAGUGUAGGAAAAAGAAUCAGUCGGUGCGACCUGUUUUUUACAAAGUGGAUCCAUCAGAAAUUCGUAAACAAAAAGGAAAGUUUGGCAAAGCAUUAACCAUGCAUGAAGAAAAAUUUAAUGAUAACAAGAAAGUACAACGGUGGAGAGAAGCUCUAUGUGAAGCAGCUGGUCUUUCUGGUUGGGACUACAAGAACAGCUGCGAUGAAUCUAAACUUGUUCAAAAAAUUGUUGAAGAUAUCUCAACGUAUGCUUUAAAGAAGAUGCCAUUUCAUGUUGCUGAAUACCCAGUUGGAAUAAAUUCUCGUGUAGAGGAAGUACUGAAAUGUUUAAACGUUGAAUCAAAUGAUGUUCACAUGGUAUGGAUUUAUGGCCUUGGAGGAAUAGGCAAAACUACAAUUGCAAAAGCUAUUUAUAAUAGAAUUUCAUAUCAUUUUGAAGCAAAAAUUUUUCUAGAGAAUGUUAGAGAGAGUUCAGAGACAAAUGAAGGCAUAAUCUAUUUACAAGAUACUGUUAUUUCUGAGGUCUUAGGUGAUAGGAGUUUGAAGGUGCAUAACAAAUGUAGAGGAACUGACAUGAUAAAUAAAAUUCUUUGCCAAAAGAGGGUUCUUCUCAUUCUUGAUGAUGUGGAUAAUUUGGUCCAGUUAAAAAGUUUGCUUGGAAAAUGUGAUUGGUUUGCUCCUGGAAGUAGAAUAAUUAUGACAACAAGAGAUAAAUGCUUGCUAGCCACUUUUGGAAAUGGUGUAUCAACGUCAGCAUAUCAAGUUAAGGGAUUAGAUAAAAAUGAAGCUAUUGAACUAUUUAGCAAGCACGCCUUCCAAAGCCAUGAGCCAAAUGAAGAUUAUUUGGAACUUGCAAACCGAGUUGUACAUUAUGCCAAAGGUCUUCCACUAGCUCUAGUUGUAAUGGGUGCUGAUUUGUAUGGAAAAACUAAACCUGAAUGGGAAAGUGCCUUAGAUAAAUAUGAAAAAAUUCCUAAUAGAGAUAUUCAAAAAAUACUGAAAAUAAGUUAUGAAGGAUUAGAUGAUACUGAAAAACAUAUUUUCCUUGAUAUUGCAUGUUUCUUCAAGGGAUACUGCAUGGAUUAUGAUAAAGUUGUAGAUAUAUUAGAGGCUUGUGGUUUAUACCCAAAAACUGGUAUUAAAAAACUUAUUGAUAAGUGUCUUUUGACUAAUAAUGAAUUGAAGCAAUUGUCAAUGCAUGACUUGCUUCAACAAAUGGGUAGGGAAAUUGUUCGACAAGAAUCACCAGAAAACCCAGGAGAACGUAGCAGACUAUGGUGUUAUGAGGAUGCUCUUGAAGUACUAACUGAAAAUAUGGGGUCAAAUAAAAUUCAAGCCAUAAGGUUGUGGUCGCCUGAAAAAAAACCAACAGAGGUGAAAUUAGAGGCAAAAGUAUUUCGCAAGAUGAAAAAUCUUAGAUUUCUCGCAAUUCAUAAUGUACAUUGUCAUGGACGCCUUAAAUAUCUACCCAAUGGAUUAAGGGUGCUCGAUUGGUAUGGAUAUCCAUUUUCUUCUUGGCCAUCUAAUUUUUGUCCUAAAAGUCUGGUUGUGCUCAACAUGUCUCGUAGUCAAUUAGAGGAGCCAAUUAAGCAGAUUUGCGCAUUCAAAGCUGCAACAUAUGUGGACUUCAGUGGGUGUGAAUUGAUUAGGAAAAUACCUGACAUAUCAAUGACCCCAAACAUAAAGCAUUUGAUUCUUAGAUAUUGUAAAAACCUAGUUGAGGUUGAUGACUCCGUGGGGCGUCUUGAUAAGCUUGAAGUGUGGGACCUUAAGGGUUGCAGUAAACUUGAAACUCUUCCUAGCUGUCUCACGAUGAAAUCUUUUACAUCUUUUGGACUAUCCGACUGCGAGAGACUUAAGAAGUUCCCCAAUAUCUUGCACGAAAUGAAUGGUUUAGGAGAGUUAGAACUGUUGAAUACGGGUAUCAGUGAGUUGCCUCCAUCAUUUGGGAAUUUGACUGGCCUUAAGACGCUUAAUAUUGGAGCGCAUUUAACACAGGUAAGACUUCCAGGUAGCAUCUAUACUUUACAACAUCUAGAGACACUCGAUCUCUCUGGCUGUGUCACAUUUCCAAAGGACGUGGAGAUUGAUAGACAGCCACUGUGCAAUUCUUAUGGUGGCUUUUCCAAUUAUAUUUUCCCAAGAUUGAACAAACUGUGUCUUGAUAGCUUUACAAAUCACUCAGAAAUAGAUUUUAUUCUCAAUUGUUGUUGCCCCCUCACAUUGAAAGAGUUAGUAAUUGGGUACUGCAAAAAAAUUGUUACCCUCCCAGAAAGCAUAAGCAGAUUUGAGAGAUUACAUAGGCUUGAUAUUACAAAUUGCGAUGAGCUUCGGGAAAUUCCAAGGCUUCCACAAAGUAUAAGACAUGUAGAUGCAUUCAAUAGCCACUUGCUAGAUUCACAAUUACUCUUUCAUCAGUUUCGAGAAAUGAUAGGUCUUCGACCAAAUCUACCACCCUGUUUAGGUGUGACAAGUGACGUUUUAAAGACCCCACACUCAUACUCAUAUAGAGAAAGCCUCUUAUAUGACUAUAGUGAAUAUCACAUUCUAGUACCAGGAGAAGAGAAUGAAAUUCCAAAUUGGUUUAACCAUCAACGUGUUGGAAAUUUAAUAUCAUUCUCGAUUGGUCCCAAAUUUCCAACAAUUGCUCUCUGUCUAGCUUUUCAAUACGAGGAGGAGGCUUCUACUGAGGAGUUCUAUAACACUAUACUUAUUCUUAUCGACAUUUCCAUCAAUGGUAUUCAACGGUCGUUCGGAAACUCAUUCUGCUAUUCACUAUCGAAGUAUGGGCAUCAUCUGUGUUUUUACUGUAGACCUCAGAGCUCAUUGCAGAAGCUAUUUCAGGACUUGAAUCUAGGUGAUCAGAAUCAUGUUGAGCUCUUCUGUGAAACUUUUGCUGCUGCUCCUUAUCUACGUUUUCCUCCUGACAUUCCUUCUAUCAUUAAACGGAUAGGAGUCCAUGUAGAAUGCAAUUGCCCUCAACCUCAAAAUGUAGAAGCUUUGGGACUUUCAAUGGACAACAAUGAAGCAAGGAGCUGCACAUGUUUAUGUGGAGCUCAAACCUGUUGUCGGUGUCUGAAGGAGGUGGGCUCCACGCAUUCAGCAGGACGAGCUUCAGUGCAUUCGAGCAAUUUGGAAAGUCAGAUUAUUUCAAGUGAUACAGAUGGUGGUGGGGCAUCCUCGGUAAUCUUGCCAUCUAAUUCAGGGCUUCCAAUGGAUGUCGCAAAUGGGUCUGAGUUUGCUUUUGGAUUGGACUCAACCGUUGGUGAUGGGUUUGAUUUGGGUUCCUCCUCUAUAAAUGAUGAUUCUGACUUCAGUCCAUAUCCAGAGUCCAAGAAAAUGAGAACCACUUGAUCAAAUUUCGAAGAAACAUGGCAAGGCACUUGGAGGGAAUAAAGUAGGUCAUGGACUUAUUGCUAAGGCUUGGACUGAAAUGGUCAAGCUGUUCAAUGGGACAUUGGUCUCAUCAUGACAAAGAUGCUCUGAGGCAUAGAUACACACAUUUGAGAAGGCAAUAUAAUGACCUAAAGGUUCUUCAAUAGAGUGGGUUAUCUUGGUGACCGUUGAGAUUAUGUAUUACUGUUAUAUAUGUUGAAGGGGUUUCUAAUGAAGAUGCAGAAUUUCUUCAUGCAAUGCAGAUUUCAACAAUAAAGACCCCAAUUUGAUGAUUGCUUCUGUUGAAGGGUAUAUCCAAGUGGGUCAAGAUAUCAGUUGCAUGUAACGAUGUUGGUGAGAUUUUCUUUUCACAAGCUUAUAACAAGCUGCAGCAUUUGGUGAGAUUUUCCCCAUAUUUAUUCUAUUUUAGAAUUCUUCGGAAGGUGCAAAAUUUCAUAUAACUCUCAUAAGUUUCAAAUUAAGAUAUUAUGAAUAAACAUACAUAAUAGAACUCUCCCACAUUUCAAAUAUUUUUUUUGAUAUACAGAAAUGACAAUAGUGAUGAAAGAGAGUCACUCACUGGACAUUGAGGCUAUGAUCUGGGACUGAUGCUCUCUCUCUCUCUCUCUCAAUACUGCCUAUAGGUAGAAAGGAUUUGUAUAUUAAAUUUAUCACUUUACCAAUAUUUUAUGACCAUCUGCAUAAGUAUAGAUGAAGGCCAUGGGAAAACUACUAUAGCAUAAGUUAAUGUAAACUUUGACUAAGUAUUGCUGUCAAAUGUUUUAAUUUCAUGAUGAUGCAAUUACUGCAUUUAGUUUUCCUGAAAGUGUCAUAUAAAAACAAUGAAAUCUCCCCAUUUCAAGUAAUGUUUGAGAUUGAUGUUGUUAAACAAUACGAAACAAAAUAAUUGUUCCAAUUUUUCUCGGGUUCCCUUUAAAAUAAAUUCUUGCAUGUAAUGAGAGUUAUUUUAAGUUAUAGGUGAAUAGGAUGACCAAUUCUUUGCUAGUAGUGAUUCUCAUGGAUUAUAUUAACCUUGAGUUAUAGCAUUUGUGCAGAAGGAAUAAGAUCAGUCCUACAUGCAAUGCUCAAGCUUUGACCUGGAUGAUUCCACCAUGCAGUAGAAAAUUUGGCAUUCUGGGUGGCAAAGAUGUACUAGAAGAUCAUAAUCUAAGCUUGAUGGCAGAUUGCAAGGAAAUAAAGGAUCUCCCCAUUCAGAAUGGCUUUGCUAGUGAUGAAAUUUGCCAAACAGUGAUAGCUGAUGAUGAUAUUUGGGAAACUUAUAUCGAGGUACUCAAGUGCUUUCAAAACAACUCGGGCUCUGCAACCUCAGGAUCUAGGACCAGAGAGGCCUGUUAGAAUGUGCACAGCUCCUGAUAGUUGUAGUUGGUGAUCACUGCUAAAGGGUUUUGGCAAGCUUCUUACAAGUUGGGGAGAGGCAGAGAAAGAGGGGGGGGGGUGUGAUAGCUUUUGUUGCCAAAUCACAUUAAGAACUGUUUGCUGGUUGCUUCAACUGCAACACAUCAAGUAAAAUAGACUGCUAAGACAUUUGGCAACCAAAAAUUGUUUUUGACAGCUAAAGCCUAAAGGGCACUCUCACCUAGUUGUCUUGAUUGCAAGUCAUAUAUUAGAGGAUAUCUACACAAAGAAGAGAAGGCUUCCUUGAAGAUUGAAAGUGAUAGUGGAAGACACUUUUGACUUGCGGAAGCAGGGGAUGCAAGUGUUUUGUUCUGUUCAUAUCUGGUAUUAACUGAGGCUAGUGUUCUUCGUUGUACCAGCCCUUUUUGUAGUAUCAAUAGGAAAAUAAGUUUUUAAAAUAUUGACUGUAUGUCCAUUCUAGUUAAUGUAAUCUUUUAGGUGGAUUUGGGCUUAUGCUUAUAUACUUCAACCCAAGAAGAUAGGAGCCACCAAUUCUCCAUUCUAACACAUUAUUUGACGGUAAUUUAUUUUUAGAACAUCCUAUAGUUGUAAAUGGUUAUCAAAAGAUUAAUUACAUGCCAUUUCAUAUCA